AUGGACGCAAGGAACCGCUCUGGCCCCCCCUCCUCCUCCUUCCAGGUGUGCCGCCCCUCCUUGUUCUCACGGCAACCGCCCCGUGUUCUAAUCGUGGACGCGUCACCGCCCUGGUGGUCAGAGACUGGUACUACGCUGUGUGAGGCUUUGGAUAACUUCCUGACUCUGGCCUGUAGUCUGGACGGACCCUGUAGACUGCCCCUGCUUAGCCUUUACGCUCUGAGUAGACAGCAUGAAUGUCUGCUGCCAUUCGUGCAGGUGAGGGGUAACCUGGCCCGACUGCGUUCCUGUGUGGAGGAGCUGAGGUCUAUACCAGGAGAGGGGUGUGUCCGCGCACCUAGAGGGGAACUGCUCAAACAGGCUGUUUUGGACAGCCUGCAGCAGUUUAAACAGUACACGCGACACACUACCACUCCGAACCAGGCCAACAACAAUGGAUCUGUAGAGGUAACCGUGGUGACGAGCCAGCCAGGGCGUGGCGUGGUGAGGCAGUUGGAGGCGGGCUUAAAGGACACUGACUUGGUGUCUCUACGACGCCUACUAGUGGUCCACGUCAGUACUGCAGGGAGAGGGGAGACUGACUGCUGGGGGCAGGACACACCCUCACCUGAGACUGCAGAGGAGACUGAAGCCAGUCUGAUGUUAGGUACAGAGAUCGACCUGCAGCAUGUAGAGAACAGUGUGAUUGCCAUGGAGAUGGUGUUGAAGGCGUGGCUUCAUGACCAGGGCGGGAAGAAGGAACAACUCCACCUGUUGUUACCACCUGGACUACAGGGAGAGAUUACUACACCUAGUCAUGGACAGAGAGCUAGUCCAGUGUGUGUGAAGUGUGACAUGCAGGAGCUUCUCCUAAGCCCCGCCCUCUUACCUCUGACCCCUGACCUUGGGGUCAAGACGGAGAGCACCAAGGACUUCCUGGUGUCAGGCAAGGGCUUGGCCAAUCAGAGCCCUCCGCCUCAGAGACUCAGAGUCAUCAAGACACUGCGUGCAGACGGCGUGUGUGAGAGUGUGUUGUACGGCCUGCCCCUCAUCAUCAGGCCUACCACCUGUUGGCAAAUGGACUGGGAUGAGAUGGAGAGAAACCAUCACCUCUUCCAUGCUCUCUGUCACACACUCCGGGCUCGUGACUGGUUCCUACUGGUGCGUUCAGAGCCUAUUGGUUCCAGUUCUAUUGGUUCUGGUGUGUGUUGCCACUACCUCCUUCAGCCGUCUGCCUCUCUCUCCCUCCUCCUCAAACCUGUGGCAAACAGAGAGAUGCUGCUGCCCUGCCAACUGCCUGUCUCAAAUCAGGACCCCCCACCUGAUGCACUCACCACCAUACAGAGUUGUGUGGGUCAGCUAGAAGAAGAGUCUCUCUUCAACCCUCUCUUUCUGAGGAGUAACCUCUACCAGCACCUAAGGAGCAGGGGACUACUGUCAGCACCCUCAUAUCCAUACAGGUCCACUGUCACCCUCACCAUGCAGGUGACUGCUGUCACCCUCAUAUCCAUACAGGUACCUACUGUCACCCUCAUAUCCAUACAGGAGACUACUGUCACCCUCAUAUCCAUACAGGUACCUACUGUCACCCUCAUAUCCAUGCAGGUGACUGCUGUCACCCUCAUAUCCAUACAGGUACCUACUGUCACCCUCAUAUCCAUGCAGGUGACUGCUGUCACCCUCAUAUCCAUACAGGUACCUACUGUCACCCUCAUAUCCAUGCAGGUGACUGCUGUCACCCUCAUAUCCAUACAGGUGACUGCUGUCACCACCCUCAUAUCCAUACAGGUGACUACUGUCACCACCCUCAUAUCCAUACAGCAGCAGGGUCGUCAGUUCCAGGGGGGUAACAGGAGAGUCAGGGCCACCGUGGCGCCCCUCCCCUCGGCCCCUCCUCCCUCUAAGAUGUCUCGCCCAACCCUCACCAUGACCCCAGACCCCCGGGCCACCGCCACACCCCUCUGUUCCCACGACGACGAUUUGCUGAUGAUGCUGUGA